AUGUUCUGUCUAUGCCCAGUGAAGGAGGAGAGCUCCAGAGAACGAGGCCUUCUCCACUUAUGGAGAGGCUACUACAGUAGUGUUACCCCCGAGCGGGUGCUUCUGUCCCGGCCAGUCCUCCAGGCUGCCCUUGGCAUCAGCCAUGGUAUCCUCCUGGCCGAAGGUGGGCUGGUGUACAGCUUCGGGGACCUGACGUGGAGACAGGGCUUGAGGGUUCCUCCUACUUACCCUCUCCUCGAGUCUGUCCUCUCUGGUCGACGUGUUGUGUCUGUAGCCGCAGGCUCCUUCCACUGUGGCGCCGUCACACAGGAAGGAGCRGUGUACAUGUGGGGAGAGAACUCCUCGGGACAGUGUGGUCUGUCAGAGAGAGGCCUGGURCCAGAUCCUAGCCUCGUCAGUACGGUGGACUCUGAGACUGUCCCUCCACAGAUCAUCAGGAUCCUGGAGGUAACGUGUGGGGAGCAGCACACUCUGGCUCUGUCUGCCCAGCAUGAGGUGUGGGCCUGGGGCAGCGGCUGCCAGCUGGGUCUGGUCACCAGUGUGUUCCCUGUGUGGAGACCCCAGAAGGUGGAGCACCUGGCUGGGAAGCACGUCGUUCAGGUGGCGUGCGGAGGAUACCACAGCCUGGCCCUGGUUCGGCGCUUCCCUGCACCGGCUACUGAAAAGUGUGACCAGUGCAAGGAGCUGCUCUUCUUUAUGGUGGAUAAAGGGGACCAUGUUAGUAUCAACGACAGCCACUAUUGCCCCCUGGGGGUUGAGUUGGCUGAUGGCAAACCAGGGAGCUGCUCACGAUCUAGACAGGCCUCCCCAGCCAGACAGGCCUCCCCAGCCAGACAGGCCUCCCCAGCCAGACAGGCCUCCCCAGCCAGACAGGCCUCUCCAGCCGGACAGGCCUCACCAUCCGGACAGGCCUCACCAUCCGGACAGGCCUCACCAUCCGGACAGGCCUCUCCCUCCGGACAGGCCUCUCCCUCCGGACAGGUGGCGUGCGGAGGAUACCACAGCCUGGCCCUGGUUCGGCGCUUCCCUGCACCGGCUACUGAAAAGUGUGACCAGUGCAAGGAGCUGCUCUUCUUUAUGGUGGAUAACGGGGACCAUGUCAGUAUCAACGACAGCCACUAUUGCCCCCUGGGGGUUGAGUUGGCUGAUGGCAAACCAGGGAGCUGCUCACGAUCUAGACAGGCCUCCCCAGCCAGACAGGCCUCCCCAGCCAGACAGGCCUCCCCAGCCAGACAGGCCUCCCCAGCCAGACAGGCCUCUCCAGCCGGACAGGCCUCUCCCUCCGGACAGGCCUCUCCCUCCGGACAGGCCUCUCCCUCCGGACAGGCCUCUCCCUCCGGACAGGCCUCUCCCUCCGGACAGGCCUCUCUAGCCCAGAGACACAGAGCCACAGCCUGUCCACUCUCUCAGGCAGUCAGCUCUGACCCGGGCCCUGACCCAGACCCUAUUAUAGGUCCAGAACACCUCUUUUCUAGUGACACUGACAGCUCUCUCAGAGAGUCUGGCUCCAAAGAACAAACUAACCGAGAGGAUACUGGUACCUCUGACCRUCAAAGACAAGGCCCUGGGACURUGACAGAGACAGACAGCAACCCGGKUCUAACGCAGGCGAGGAGGCYAKCCACAUCUUCGACCGAKGAGAAGGAACUGAAGGAACUCCUCAAGAGAACACGACACCGCCAUGGCAUCCGGUCUGUCAUGUUCACUACCAGAGAACUACACGGGUGCCUUAACGGGCCGUGCUUUAACGGGCCGUGCUUUAACGGGCUGUGCUUUAACGGGCUGUGCUGCCUCUGCCUCACCCUUCGAGGUAAACACCGGCUCCACCAGCAGCCUCUGUGA